CUCGGCCUGACUGCUCCAACUUCCUGCUCUCACACACACCAGAGGGGGGGAAAAGAGGAGCGAGAGAAAGAAAAAAAGGGGGAAAAAUCAGGAUCUCAUUACAAGAGCAACAGACCGUCUGCAGACGCCUGUCAGCAUGGAAAGUCGGGGGCUUUCGCCCGGGUCCUCCUAGAAAUUGCCCCGAAGAAGGAUCUUGAGAGCUCCCCCACAUCUGGGUAUGGAGAGUGCAAUCACGCUGUGGCAGUUCCUGUUGCAGUUGCUGCUUGACCAGAAACACGAGCAUCUCAUCUGCUGGACCUCCAAUGAUGGUGAAUUCAAGCUCCUCAAAGCAGAAGAAGUGGCCAAGCUGUGGGGACUGCGCAAAAACAAGACGAAUAUGAACUACGACAAGCUGAGCAGAGCCCUGCGAUACUAUUACGACAAGAACAUCAUCAAGAAGGUGAUCGGGCAGAAGUUUGUGUACAAGUUCGUCUCUUUCCCGGAGAUACUGAAAAUGGAUCCUCAUGCAGUGGAGAUCAGCCGGGAGAGCCUUGUGCUGCAGGACGGCGACUGCAAGGUGCCCCCCGAGGGCCGCGAGGCCCACAAACACAGCCUAUCCGCCCUCAAGAGAACCAGCCGCAAUGAAUACAUCCACUCAGGCCUGUACUCCUCCUUCACCAUCAAUUCCCUGCAGAACCCACCGGAGGCCUUCAAAACCAUCAAGACGGAGAAGCUGGAGGAGCCACCGGAAGACAGCCCCCCGGUGGAAGAAGUCAGGACUGUGAUCAGGUUUGUGACCAAUAAAACCGACAAGCAGGUCACCAGGCCUGUGGUGUCCCUGCCCUCCACAUCUGAGGCUGCGGCCGCCUCCGCCUUCCUGGCCUCUUCGGUCUCCGCCAAGAUCUCCUCUUUAAUGCUGCCCAAUGCCGCCAGCAUCUCAUCCGCAUCGCCCUCUUCCUCCCGGUCCCCGUCCCUGUCCCCCAACUCGCCCCUCCCUUCUGAACACAGAAGCCUCUUCCUGGAGGCCGCCUGCCAUGACUCGGAUUCCCUGGAGCCCUUGAACCUGUCAUCGGGCUCCAAGACCAAGUCUCCAUGUCUUCCCCCAAAGGCCAAAAAACCCAAAGGCUUGGAAAUCUCCGCGCCCCCACUGGUGCUGUCCGGCACUGACCUCGGCUCCAUCGCCCUCAACAGCCCAGCCCUCCCCUCGGGAUCCCUCACCCCAGCCUUCUUCACUGCACAGACACCAAAUGGACUGCUUCUGACCCCGAGUCCACUGCUGUCCAGCAUACAUUUCUGGAGCAGCCUCAGUCCAGUUGCUCCGCUGAGUCCUGCCAGGCUGCAAGGGCCCAACACGCUGUUCCAGUUCCCCACACUGCUUAACGGCCACAUGCCAGUGCCACUCUCCAGUCUGGACAGAGCUGCUUCUCCAGUAUUGCUUUCUUCCAACUCUCAGAAAUCCUGAUGACGACUGACCACAACUAAGGACUCAUUAACUGAUGAAGCAAAUUUGUCCUCAUGGGCUAGUUUACCUGUGUCAUGAGAAGGACGUUGUGAAACCCUCUGUUAAUUUGGUUGCACUUUUCAUAACAUGGAUAGUCUAGGUUUAUGUUAGCAUUUUCAAAACUGUUUUUUUUUAUAUAUUCAAAUAUAUAAGGAAAUCUGUUUUGCAUUAAGUGAAUCUUAAUGUUUUUUUUUAUAUCCUCUUAGCUCAUAAGUGUUGAACACUGUUGACAGUGAAGAACUUUUCUUAAUGUUUUCAGUAUAACUAAUAAGGAUGUGAAGCUUUUUUUUUUUUGCUAUAAUUCUGCAUAUGCUGAACUGUGCUUAUAUACACUAUAGCCAGCUGUGCCUUCCUUGGCAUUUAGUUUUAUGUAAAUGAUUUAUAUAUUUUCUAGUACUAAGAAAAAAUGUUUGAAAGACAAAAAUCAGUAUCAAACAGCUCUCUAGUAAAAAUUUCAUUACUUUUCACAAGUGGGAGAUAUGAAAGCAGAUUCAUACCACUUUUCCUUUUUUUGCUUUCGGUUGUAUAAGAAUUGCCUUAGAACCUCUUUUUAACUGAAAUUCAGUAAAUGUAAUGUCCAAGUAAUGUUUUUAUAAGCAAACUAAGCCAUAUUUAGACAAUAAACAUUCACAAAAGAAAAUGUUCUUCUAAAGUGCAUUAAAAAAAAAAAAAAGUAACUAUGGAGGUCUAGCCUCCUAGUGGUUUAUAGUAUCAUUAGAUUUUUUCCAAAAAUCUGAGAUAGAAAAGCUGCAUCCAGCUCAUGCUGUUCAAGACCUUGGAAUAUUUCCUAGGUUAGAACAUAUUCUUUUUUCAAGAAAUUAGUCCUGGCUCUCCCAUCUUCCAUAGAGAAUCAUACCUAUCUGAUAUAUUUACUGUGUCUGUCUGAUGAGGGUUUUUCUAAAUCUUGGAACAACUGACAUUUAAAAAUCGAAUGCUUUGGAAAAGGCUCAGACUGGUGAUGAAUCCAAACAACAAACAAUUUUGUAACACCAGGUAUCAUCGUGUGCUUAGGUAGUAGUCACCAUUUUUAGUGGAUUAAAAAAAAAAAUGCCAUCAAACAGAGAACUGGCGAUACUGAAGGACUUGCACGUAGAAAUUCAGAAGUAGGAUAUAGUACUUUCUGUACUACUAAAUUCAUGGUGAGAAUGAAGAAAAUCUGGUGAAAAACAAUUUCUUCGGGAAGGUCAUCACUGUGGAACUGAAUGGAUUACUUGGAGUACUCUACAGUAAAUGCCCUUGUGCAGUAUAGGUUAGAGCUGCAAUAACAGAAACGCAUUUUCUGUUCUUUCUGCAGGCAUCGUUCCAGUAGCAUCACACCUGUACAUGAAAUAGGCAAGCCCUAAGACAAGAUAAGAGAACUGGAAAGUGCCCAGUGCUUUAAGUUCACAAUGAGGUUAAUUAUAAUACCAAACUACCAAAUCCUAAAAUCAGUUUGAAACAUAACUGAAUAAUGAACCCAAACUGGACAUUAAAUGGCAGGGAUUAUGAGAGAAGGUAAACAAUGAGGUUUCUAGAAACCCACUUCUUGAAUUUGGGGGACAAUCUAAAAUAUUGAGACUUACAAAUUUUGAGAUUUUCAACUGGAAUGGAGCAUCUCUGUAUGUGGGGAUGUGUGCCCUUAUUAAGAGGGAGGGGAAAAAAAAUAAAAACCCUAAACAAUUUAAUAUGCCUCUAUGACUAAAGGGAUUGGCUCCCAAACCCACAAAUAGACACUACUGUCACACACCCACCCCACCCCCCCAUAAGCUAAGGAUGAUUCUGUAUUACAGUACAAGAAGCUGGCUCAGGGAACUGAUGUUUACCAAAUAUUAGGUCGGAAAAGCCAUGAUGUGUUUUUCUAUGCAAAAAUGUGUCACGGACUUUCCCAACGACCCAAUACAAAAAGUUAGAGCUAGAGGGAGCCAUUGAGCGUUUUUCCUACCACCUGUUCCCCGACCAGGACAAGCCGGGAGUUGCCUAAGGCCACACAGCUCCUGGCACGUAGAACAGGGAUUGGUGCUCAGCCCAAUUCUGCUUCCCUGAUGCCUAGCGCUAAUUACUGUCCCCCAAACUGAAUGUGUGGUUAAAACUGAAAACAGAUACGUAUACGGCACUUAAAGUUGUUUUGUCAGCUAAGAGAAAGCAUGCCAAAUGCAAUAAUCUUAUAGAACAACUCACUAAAGGAAGUUAAUAUACAAAAAUCUCAACCAAAAAUAUUUUAGUAUUGUUUGUAAAUAUAAACACUGAUUGAAAAUAUCUCAACAACUAUAAAAAUCUAACUCUUGUUUUCUUUUCCUCCAGUUACAAUUGGUUAAUGUACACUCCAGAUCCAUUUAUUAGAAAUGGAGAAAUACUACCAUUUUGGAGGGGUCGAAAUACUUGCUGUCACAGAGAUCUGGAGGAACUGAAGUGUGACUUGUAUAGCUGUGUCUCAUUCUGUGCGUGUUUUUGUAACAGAAGCAUUUUAGUCAGGAAAUAGGUUUUAAAAAACAUUAAUUAACUCCCCCCCCCCCAGCCCUUUGUAUAUGUUCGCUUGAUCAGUGUUAUUCUGCUAUGGCUAACCUUUUAUAGAACAUAACCUGAACCUUGGUCUCUUUGUAUUCAUCUUUUCUAAGACUGCAAAUCUUCUCUCACUUUCAUAUAUGUAUCAUUUUUACUGUUAUAUUAUUUUUGUUCAAUAAAUACUUUGUGAUAAAAAGG